UUGGUUCAGAACCAUAAUGCACCCAAAUCUUCAACUUGAAUUUAGGAGCAGAUUCUUAGAAUAAAAGGAUCUUGCUUUGGAUAUAUAUACAAAAAAAAAAAAAAAAAAUUAAUAGUUUGAUUCAACUAGUAUCAACGGAAAUUCUAAUUUGUCCCUGCAAGGGGGACCUUGGCGCUGCACUCUGCCAUGUGCUAAUGAAUGCUUCAGAGACUUUUUGUCCAACAUUAGCCACGAUCAUUUCCUAGGGUUGUGGGGUUUAUUCUUGACCCACCUCCCGAGAUUGGGGCUGCCAGCAGACACCGCAGAGAUCAUGCAGUAACACUAAAAUGAGCCUUGUCUCCCCCACACUUGUACGGCUCCCAGUUGUUGGUAUCCGUUGGCCAACAUUCAUUGUCCUUGCCUAAAAAUCUCAAAAUUUCCUAAAAUAAUCUUGUGUAAAAUGAGUGUUUGUUUUAAAGAUACAUUUCUUUGCAAAAUAAGGAACUGCGAUGGUAAUUGGAUCGGAAAGAGAAGAAACUCCAGGUUCAGAAAAAUGGUUUUCGUAUUCACUCUUCUUCCACCUCAUUGGAACUGCAUGCGUGCUGUAGCUCUAGCUUUUGUGCUUUGAUAUGGAAAUAUAAAUAUGUCUGUAGCCCCUCCAAGCGUUGGUCUCAACAGAGAAUUUUCUAAAUGUAUUUGACCUAAGGAAACCAAUUAUGGCUUCCCACUUAGGUUUUCUCGUAUAGCUUUCUAGAACUAUAUAAUGAAAUAACGUGGACUUUCUGGGUAAUGGAAUCAAAGUGCUCUUGCACAAGAAGUUCUUCAUAACCCUCUCAUUCAUGAAAAGGUGCUCCUCGCUAGACAGAAACUUGCUGAUUUCCAGUAUUGUUAUUUUGUCUAAAGUUCUGUAAAUACAUGCUUUAAUGUUAUCUUUGAGAAAUCUAUGUAAAUAAUAUAGUCUACAACAUAGAGACUGUACAAUUCUGUGUUAUAUAUGUGCCUAGUGCUCUGUUGGCACUCAAUAAAUUUUAAGUAACAAAAUUGAUAAUCAUAUAGCCAAGGCAUAUUUUUCUUCCAAGCUCUAGACAGGAUGUGACUAUAUACUAAUGAGACUCCAUAAUACAAGCCACACGUGAAAACUCGUCUCAUUACUUUAUAGUCAUGCCAUGUAUGUUUUUUUUAACCAUAAAAUGACAAUAAAAACGAUUUUUUAAAAUGAGAUUGCUUUGGAUAAGUGACUUCUGUCCUGAUCUUAAUCACUGUGAUUAAACAUCAAACAAAGAAAACAUGAUGUUCUUUACCACCCAAGCAGAAGCUGCUAAGAAGCACAGCAACAGGAUGACCCCACUGCCAGAUGGCCCCUGGUCACGUUUCUUAAGUACACCUCUGGAGUUGAUUACAAAAGAGCGAAUGGGGUAUGUUAUUUUUAUGCAAACUACUUUAUACUGGACACUGCUGUUCUUGAAAAAAUGUUUACUAUCUUAAGACCUUUCCAUAUUGGUAUGUCAAGAGCUUUCACAUCGUUUUCUAUAGCUAUAUAGUAUAUAGUCCAUUGUAUGGCUGUAUGAUGAUUUAUUAUUUGGACCCCUUAUUGAUGUACAUUUGUUUACAGACUUUUAAUUACGCCGGUCCCUAACAUUUGCUUAACACAAUUCCUCUGUCAUUCACCGUGCUGUGCAUUUUACACGUAUUGUCUUGGGCUUCACGAAAACCCAAUGUGAUAGCUGAUGUUACAAGGGGGGACUUAGGGGAGUGGGAUGAGUAAGUACCUUGACCAAGGUCAUAUGGCAAGUAAGUGGAGCUGUUUAACCAGCACGCAUGAAGCUAAUUGUAGAGAGUAAUUAGAAUUCUUUCCAGGAGGAGUCAGACAUAAGACACUUAUUUUUUAUGCAAACCCUUUGUUUGUAUUUACUGCAUUGUUUAUAGUAUUUUCUUCCUAUGCAUUGUGUUGUCUUUUUAAGAUUUUCCCUAAUUCCUCAGAUUUUCUCCCCCAAGUAUUUCAUUAAUGUGGCAUCACUUAACUUCUUAGAGCCAGAAAAACUUUCUGGGAAUUCCCUUAACAAAGGAACAUUUCUAAGACUAGGGUUUAUGGUAAAUUGAAAACAAAGUUUCCAACCAACAACUAUCUACUCUGGUGUGUAACUUGAACAACUGAUAGCUGAUUCUUCUGAGCAAAAUUACUCAAAACAUUUCUAGGAUGUUAAUAGGAUUUUUUCCCUCUGUUUAUACCUCCCUUAUAUCUCAUUCAGCUUGAGUAUUGAUGGAGAAUUUCUGCUGCUCAUCUGGAAGAUUAAGGAGACAGUCCUGCUCUGAGGCUGAGACAAGCUUCCGGAUGCUCACCAGUAACAACGAGUAUUGUUUCAGUAGACAGAACUCCAUCCUUGUACUACAAACAAGGUCUCAUGGACCAUGGGGCAACCACUGUGCUUCUGAAGCUGUAUCUUUUGGAUGGAACAUUCAAACAGUACACACUGUGGCCAUUUAAUGGAAGAUAAUGGAGAAAAUGUGGUAACCAGGAAAAAAAGAAAUCACAAAACUUUUGGAAUGUUAAAAUAGUAAGUAACUACUUUUAGUCAAAAUUCUAGGCAUCACUAUAGCCUAAAACAUUGGUCAGUGUGACUAGUAAGUUAAUGGGACCAAGGUUUCAAAGGUCAAGUUAAUACUGAAUCUUAAUAAAUAACGAGAAAUUUAGAAUUCCACAAAAUGUUUUUGAUUCAGUUUGUGCACAUGCAAAAUUAAUGUAGAUUUCUGAGAAAAGCAAGAAUGGGGAAUGUUAAAGCGUUUUGUUUUUUUUUUUAAACAUAAAGCAUGCACUUUCUAAUACAUUCUUAAGUAUUUCUAAGUUUUAAAAGUUUGAAUUCUAAUCCAGUAACAUUCUUCAUGAGCAUUUUAAAUGCAGUCUAACCAAGUACCCCAAGCAGAUAUGGAAUACACACUUGUUAUUUUCAAGACAGGUGGAAAUAAUUCAUGGCACUGCAACCAAAGAUGUGAGACUUGACCGUCAUACCACCUAGUUUUUCUUCAAAACUUUUAAAUGGUAUAAAGCAAAUUUUAAAAUAUAACUGUAUUCCCAAACAUCACUGAAAGAAAAUGUAGGAAAAGUAUGCACUGUGUGAUUAAUCAUCUUAGGCAAUUUGCUACAAAAUUUUCAGUGAACCAGCUUUAACUGAAAACAGACUGAAAAUUCACACAAUUGUUUCUAGAGUUCAAAACAAACAAAUGAGGAGGUGUGUGUUGAUAUUUAAAACAGUCUUAAUAUUUUAUUAGAAGAAAUAUACUUCUAAACUUCUUUCCCCUUCAUAUCUAAACACAAACUUUAAUUAAAAAUAUAUAUAUAAAUCAGUAGAAUACCAUAUUACAAAUGCCCAGAAAUGCAGAAUAAAGAUCAAGACUGCUUGGAAAUAUUUCUAACACUUUUUGGAAUUACACUCUUAAUCUAGUAAAGAUUAUGAACUAGCACAAUCAUUAUUGGGGCCAACGGUUCAAAAUAUUUGCCUUAUCAAAGCUAGCACCAAGAAAGUAUUAUGCACAUAAACUUGAGAAACAGAUCAUCUUUACUUCAGAAAAGCACAGUCCUACAGAGUAUUGCUCUCUCUAGUUUAGCUAAUACAAGGGUCAUUCUGUCUCACUGAUGCAUAUGUCUUUCUGAGCCAUUAACAUCUUAUCUGAAUAGCUUUUGUUACUUGGUAUCUAUUGAAAAUUAUUACUGGAAUGAAAGACAGUUUAUCAUGGAUAACCCAUUUUUUUCUUCUAAGAUGCCAAUUAAAAUAGCGGCUCUAUAACCUUCUGAACUUACCUUUUGUAAAAAUUAACACAUUCUAGUAUUUAAAAAAAGACAAUCAAAUCCCUAGUCCCUGAAAGCCUAACCAAGACUCCAUUAAGUCCUCUCCCUUUCCAAAACCCAGGUUUUAAUGUCUAGAAUUUUGCAACAUGGUUAAUGGCCACCAUAUGGUCACCUAAUUAACACUUUGCUCACUGUAAAGCAUUUGGAUACUUCUCAAGUGUAAAAAGAAAUUCAUUAGUGAUCAGACAGCUGAGCCAGUGAGGGCCACUGAAGCGCGUCUCCUAAUUCUACCUUCGUCCCAAGGAAGGCAGGGUCACCACUCGACUGCAGUUCUCCGGGUGGCACAUAACUUAUCAUUUCUCUGACAGGUAGAAGAUAUCAUGAAAGUACAUAAUUUUUAUAAAGUCAACACUUUUUCCAAACUGUUCUAUAUCCCACAAAGAGUUUUAGACUUCCAAAAUUGUAAAUCUAGCAAAUCAAACUGCUUCAUCUCAAUUGGUGGGGAAAAAAGGCACAAAAGAAAAACAAGCAGCAUAACCUUUAUUUGGUGAUACAGUAACAGUGUUCCGAAGUUUUGAACACUGAAUUUUACUCAGGUGAUAAUCGGUUUUCUAUCUAAGCAAUUUAUUCAGACGUGUGUUUUAAAAAUACACAUUAGGAACCCUGCAACUGGUAUAUUCUGUUAUUAGAAAUAUUCUUCAUGGUAAUACAUUAUUUAACUUUCUAUAAAGGGAAAAAUCAUAAAGAUCAUUCAUACUUUAUUUUUAGCCUGGCAGAAUAAAUGUAUUAUAUAUAUCUUUUCCAAAACCAGUGCACUUAGAAGACUCUAAUUUAUGCACUCCAUUGUUCAAAUCAAAAAGCUGUACAUCUUCCAGUAUCCACACUAUAAGAGUCCUAGUAAAAAUGCACACUCCUUUAACCCCUUUACUUUCCCUUGAAUUGCUUUCAUUUUCGGGAGGAGGAAAGGAUAAAGAAGUUGCAGUGCAGAACUAUAUUUAUUUAGAACAAAACUUUAUAUUCUACAUUAAAAAAAAUAAUUUUAUCAAAACCAAAUUUCAAUCACAGUUAUGUAUGAUUUUCAGUUAAAGGUACAAGUUGAAAUUGCACUUUGCAGAUAUCUUGAUAGUGUCCUUUACAGUGCUCCCCAUUUCAACCUAUGUUUUUUUCGGUGGACACAGGUUCUUCCAGGGUUUUCUUUUGGCUUCCCUUCCGUGAAUAUUUGUAUUUGUCUACAUAGGCUUUAACCAGAUUUGCCACUUUAGUAGAAUUUACUUCUCCACUUUUACUAUGACAAACCUACGAAAAAAGGAAGGGGAAUAUUUUUCUCAUCCUUUAUAAGGAUUAAAGCAAAAUGGAAAGAUUUGUGAAAACCAACCCCAAAGAGAUAAUCAGACAUUUUUAUAUGUUCCAUAUCUCACAUGAUCUUACUCAAAAGGCAGAAAAGCAGACCAGAAUUAGAAGUUAGUGGUUAUUAUUUUAAGUAGACUUAAGCAUUCCUUUAUUAAAAUAGAGAUGAUUCGAAACAAUUACAUAUAGAACUCUGCUAAAGCUAGAACUUACUUUAUCUACUGCUUUCCGUACAAUCUCUUUAUAUUCUUCCUUGGUGAUAUCUUUAUUUUGGUAAAAUGGCUUAAUGGCCAAUUUUACUUCCUGUGCUGCUUUUUCUUGGAUUUGUAAUUUCUGGUAAGAGGAAAAAGUAAAAUUAUUAUUUGCCCACAUACUUUAAAAAAAUUUCUUUUAAAAUAUGAAAUUAAAAACACCUCACUUUUAUAUUAUUUCAAGGAAUUCUUCACAUAAUAAUGUCAUGAAUACAAAAGUUAUUAACACACAUACCAAACAUUUCUAAAAAUAAUUAUGAAAUAUUACCAGUAACUCACUGGACAUCAACAUAUCUAGACAGAACCCUUCAAAUAGCACUGGAAUUCAAGACUAUCAACAGUAAAUUCCCUUUACCAAUUAUACAAUAUAUAAUUUAUAUUUUCAUCUUUAGCAUAUACAGAAUUAUGUAGGUUGCUCUCAACCUUGAACUUGCCUUGUCUGUCUUCGAGCUAUCUGCGCUGGCUUCCACUGUAACACUUACUUUGCUUUCUGUCAAUUUUACAGCAGCAUUAGAGGCUUUGCUGUGACUUGAUGAUGAAGUAUUACCAGAACUUGGUCCCUGAACUGUUCCCAAAUUUCCUGGGGCUGCGGUCGGAGCAGGCAAGACUGGUGUACUCAUGUUAUUACUUACAUGAGAAGCACUAGGAACGCCCUGUUUUAAAGAGUUAUCAUUAGUUAAUGAAUUACUGUAUUCUUUUAGCCAUAUAUUAGAAAUAACAAAAAAAAUUCAAAGUGGGUCAAAAUUUGUAUUUCAGGUCAUGUAUAUCUAAAGGACUCUGAAGAAAAAUAAGUAACAUUCUCAAACAGAGACCUAUGUAAAUAUGUCAAGUGACUUUUAAAUUACACAUGUGACUUGUGAUGUUCUGACAGCAACACUAAAAGCAACAAGAAGGAAAAGAAUAGCACUUAAAAAAUAGUUAUCUUUUCCAAAAGGCUCUUUCUGAAAAUUAACUAAAGUGUGUGCCCCCACUUUAAAGACGGAAGAAAAGGAGACAGUGAAGUCAAAUAGCUUGCAGAGAGCUGACAGCAGAACAAUGUAUGAGGUCCCAAAUUCUAGAACCCUAUCCCCCUUAUCUUCCAAUUAUACACUACCAGGAUUCUACAAUUUGUGAAAUGCGGGCACAGAACUAUAAGGAACACAGUGUUUACAAAGUAUUAUUCAAAUUUCUAUAUGCCUCAGAGGCACUUCUUUUUUUUGAACACGGUAACUCAUGAACAUGAAAUACAGACAGUAAUGGAUAAUGAACAGCUUUCUCUGGCGUUUGUCCCAAGAAGACAAUAAAAGCAUCACCUCAAGUUCCCACCCCCUAAAAAGUCUAAUAAAUUAAGAAUUAUUUUAAAACACCCAUCAUUUGAUUCUCAAAAUUUUGUCUUAACCUGAAAAAACAAACCUGUUUGGACAUAAACAACAGCAUAUAUGUAGCUUUGGUUCAAUAAUAUGCAUCCAAUUCAUUUUAUUUGAAGAGUGGGAGGUUUGAGGAAGGACAGUGAAGAGGGGCUAUGAAAGUUUACCGUAAACCUAAUCAAAUAAUUGUUUGGGGAUGCCAGGAAACCCUCUUUUGAACAUCUGUUGCUAACAGUUAAAUUCUUAUAGUGACUAUGUUGAUUACACUUUAGAUGCUAAAAACAUACCUGCAAUUGCUUUCCAUCUGGCUGUGAAGCAAUGUAGCUGACUUGCUGGGAUGGUGGGGGAGGGGGUGGUGGCGGUGGCAGUCCCUGAGAUACACUUGUAGGAGCAGCUACCUGCAUGAGAGGCACACCUGUGUGCAGAUGCAAGGGUAGCGGAGGAUGAAUGUUAAAUGGAUUGCGCUGGAUGUUCAUCAAAGGAGCGUGAACACCCACUGGAUAUGGGAAGAUAUUCAUAGGCGGCUGCUGUGCAGUCAUUUGUUGCUGCAUUACAUUCAUUUGUGGUUGCAUCAUAUUUAUAGGUAGCUGGGAACCAUCUCCAUGUUGGUUUGUUUGGUCUUUUAGGUUAGAAUCUAUCAAAAGAAAAAAGGCUUAUAAUAAAAAAAUCAUGUUAAAAUUUCUUUAGAGAAGCAAAGAACCACUGGUUACAGUAAGAGUCAACAGCAAUUAACAGACUCAGAACACCAAUCUCCAAUCAUUUAGUCUAAUCCUAUCUUUCUAAAUAACGUGGACUGGUUAAAAAAAGCAUUCAACUAAAAUUAUUAUUAAGAGCAGGUUCAUGUUGGUUCAACAUUACCAAAGAAUCAGUACCUCAAGAAACUUACUAAAGAAGUAAUCAUAUAAAAUCUAAUCAGGUGGGGCACCUGGGUGGCUCAGUCGGUUGAGUGUCUGACUUCGGCCCAGGUCAUGAUUUCACAGCUCGUCAGUUCGAGCUCUGCGUCAGGCUCUGUGCUGACAGCUCAGAGCCUGGAGCCUGCUUCGGAUUCUGUGUCUCCCUCUCUCUCUAACCCACUCACAUUCUGUCUCGGUCUCUCUCAAAAAUAAAUAAACAUUUAAAAAAAUUUUUUAAUCUAAUCAGGUUGCUAAAUUACAAGAGUAACUUAUCUUUUUUUUUUUUUUAAUCUUUAACAAAGCUUUUUUUCUUGCAAUGUUCUUAAUAAGAAAAGCCAAGGAAAGAUAAAUUAUUAGAAGACUAACUUAUUUAUAUGAGAACAAUGAUCAAAAAAAUUCAAGUGUGCACAUCUGAGAUAAAAGAAAUCAAAGUUGGGACACCUGGGGGGCCCAGUCAGUUAAGCAUCUGACUGUUGGUUUCAACUCAAGUCGUGAUCUCAUGGUUCAUGGGACUGAGCCCUGUGUUGGCCUAUGCACUCACAACACAGAGCCCGCUUGGGACUGUCUCUCUCUCCCUCUCUCUCUCUGCCCCUCUCCCCACUUGCUCACCCUCUCUCUCAAAAUAAACAAACAUUAAAAAAAAUUUUUUUUAAGAUAUCAAAGUUAAAUCUUACACAAGAACCUCCCAAAUUCUUCUAAGGGAAAUAAUAAAGAUUAGAGCAAAAAUAAAUGAUAUAGAAAUCAAAAAACAUCAGAACAGAUCAAUGAAACUAGGAGUUGGUUCCUUGAAAGAAUUAACAACAUUGAUAGCCUCUACCCAGAUUUAUCAAAAAGAAAAGAGAAAGGACUGAAAUAAAUAAAAUCACGAAUGAAAGAGAAGAGAUCACAACCAACACUCCAGAAAUACAAACAAUUAUAAGAGAAUAUUAUGAGCAAUUAUAAGCCAACCUACUGGGCAAUCUGGAAGAAAUGGAUAAAUUCCUAGAAACUAAACUACCAAAACUGAAACAAGAAGAAACAGAAGAUUUGAACAGACCAAUAACCAGCAAACAAAUGGAAACAGUAAUCAAAAAUCUAACAAGAAGAGUAUGAGGCCAGAUGGCUUCCCAGGGGAAUUCUACCAAACAUUUAAAGAAGAGUUAAUACUUAUUUUUCUGAAACUGUUCCAAAAAAGAAAUGGAAAGAAACUUCCAAAUUCAUUCUAUGAGGCUAGCAUUACUUUGAUUUCAAAUCCAGACAAAGACCUCACUAAAAAGGAGAAUUACAGUCCAAUAUCCCUGAUGAACAUGGAUGCAAAAUCUCAACAAGAUACUAGCAAACUGAAUCCAAACAGCAUAUUAAAAGAAUUAUUCACCACAAUCAAGUGGGAUUUAUUACUGGGCUGCAGGGCUGGUUCAAUAUUCGCAAAUCAAUCAAAUGAUAUACCGCAUUAAUAAAGGGUAAGAACCAUAUGAUCUUCUCAAUAGAUGCAGAAAAACCAUUUGACAAAAUACAGCAUCCAUUCUUGAUAAAAACCCUCAAAGUAGUAGGGAUAGAAGGAAUAUACCUAAGAACAUAAAAGCCAUAUAUGAAAGAACCACAGCUAAUAUCAUCCUAAAUGGGGAAAAAUAGAGCUUUUCCCCUAAGGUCAGGAACAUGACAGAGAUGUCCAUUCUCACCACCACUACUGUUCAACAUAGUACCGGAGGUCCUAGCCUCAGCAAUCAGACAACAAAAAGAAAUAAAAGGCAUCUAUACUGGCAAGGAAGAAGUCAAACUUUCACUAUUUGCAGGAGACAUGAUACUCUAUGUAGAACACCCAAGAGACUCCACCAAAUAAUUACCAGAACCAAUACACGAAUUCAGCAAAGUCAUAGGAUAUCAAAUCAAUGUACAGAAAUCUGCUGCAUUUCUACACACCAAUAAUGAAGCAGCAGAAAGAGAAAUCAAGGAAUUGAUCCCAUUUACAAUUGCACCAAAAACCGUAAGAUAUAUAUGAAUAAACUUAACCUAAGACAUAAAACAUCUGUACUCUGAAAACUAUAGAACACUUAUGAAAGAAACUGGAAAAGAGACAAAAUGGAAAAACAUCCCAUGCUCAUGGAUUGGAAGAAUAAAUAUUGUUAAAAUAUCGAUGCUACCAAAAAAAACUACACAUUCAAUACAAUCCAUUUC